UGUCUUGAUCUAACCAUCUAAAAAACAUCAAACAUCAAAAGAUCAAAUGAAAGAAAAAAAGGUGAAACAAAAUACAGAUAAGCCCAAAGAGCCAGGCACAUUCAAAUGCAUGUCACAUUUGAAAAACAAACAGUAAACAUCACAUAGAAAGAUUUACGAGCAAAUACAAAAGGCAUCAAACACAUAAAGCUGCAACUAAGGCUCCAUAUGAAAGAUAUGUUAAAAUCAAACGUCUGUCUCGUGGACAUGAAACGGACAAUGAUAUUGAAUAUAAAUCAAAAACAUAAUGUAUUUGAUGACGAAUGCCACAUGAAACUUCUUGAAUAAAAGUGGGCUAACAAAGGCCCGCCUCCAUCUGGAAUGUGCUAAAUAUUGCCCGUCAACCUCCGGCUGCUCCCAACACAAACCCAAACAGUCGUGUGUUAUCAGCUCGGCUCUCCAGACAGCCAAUGCCAGAAUUUCAACGAUGGCCUAACAGUCGUAAUCUUCCCUGAUCCCAGAAAAUGAGGCCCGCCGUGUCGGGACCGUAAGCCCCCCUAAGCUGCCGUCCUUAGCAUUCAUUGCUUUUUAAUGGGCAGUCUGAAGGAUCACAAUUGAAACCGUUUAAAAGUGACACAAUACAUCUAUACAUAGAAGGUUUCAAAUACAAAAUGGGCAUACUGGACUUUUCCAAGGUGGCGUGGAAGCCAUCUCCAAAUAUAGGAGGAGAAGCAGGGACGAGAAAGGGCCGACCGACGCUUAUAAAAAGCUGUCAACGUCUCGUUAGGGUGAGGGAUGUCUGUGGUGUACUGUCGGAACAAUUAGAGUGGGUAGAGUGGGGAGGCUAAUUCAAAGGCUCUGAAACACUUGUUGAACCUUGUGGGAUACAAGCAUCGCAAAGGUUUCUUCUUUGGUCUGCACCACUCAGGUAAGUUUAGUGCGACCAAUUCUUUUGUACCCUGACCAAUUAUCUGUUUAUUAAGUUUUCACUACAUUCCCUCGCCGCAGCCGGACAGAAUGAGUGAUGCUGAGAUGCAAAUAUUUGGGGUGGCGGCGGCGUACCUCAGAAAACCAGAACGCGAGAGGAUCGCAGCUCAGAACAUGCCGUUUGACGCUAAGACAGCCGUCUUUGUGCCUGACCCGAAAAAGGAGUACGUGAAGGGAAAAAUCAAAAGUCAGGAUGGUUCUGACGUCACUGUGGAGAUUCAAGAUGGAAAGGUGGUCACGGUGCACCUGGACGACAUUCGGCCCAUGAACCCUCCGAAAUUUGACAAGAUCGAGGACUUGGCCCUGCUGACUCAUCUCCACGAACCGGCCGUGCUGUUUAACCUCAAGGAGCGCUACGCUGCCUGGAUGAUCUACACUUAUUCUGGACUCUUCUGUGUGACGGUGAACCCCUACAAGUGGCUCCCAGUCUACAACCCCGAGGUGGUGGCCGGCUACCAUGGGAAGAAACGCCAGGAGGCCCCGCCACACAUUUUCUCCAUCUCUGACAACGCUUACCAGUACAUGCUCAAAGAUCGAGAGAACCAGUCCAUCCUGAUCACUGGAGAAUCUGGUGCCGGGAAGACGGUCAACACAAAACGCGUCAUCCAGUAUUUUGCAACAAUUGCAUCAUUUGGAGAAUCAAGCAAGAAGGAGCAAGUUGCCGGCAAAAUGAAGGGGACUCUGGAGGAUCAAAUCAUCCAGGCGAACCCUCUGCUGGAAGCUUUCGGGAAUGCCAAGACUGUGAGAAAUGACAACUCCUCACGAUUUGGAAAGUUCAUUCGCAUCCACUUUGGAACAAAGGGGAAACUGGCAUCAGCCGACAUUGAAACUUACCUUUUGGAAAAAUCCAGGGUGACGUUUCAGCUUCUGGCAGAGAGAAGUUAUCACAUCUUCUAUCAGAUCAUGUCAAACAAGAAGCCUGAAUUAAUUGACAUGCUGCUGAUAACCACCGAUCCAUACGACUUUCCAUUCAUCAGCCAGGGUGAAAUCACUGUGCAGAGCAUCAAUGACCCCGAGGAGCUGAUGGCCACUGAUAGAGCCAUCGACAUCUUGGGCUUUAACAUGGAGGAAAAGUUAGGAAUCUAUAAACUGACCGGCGCCGUGAUGCACAACGGGAACAUGAAGUUCAAGCAGAAGCAGCGAGAGGAGCAGGCUGAGCCCGAUGGCACUGAGGUGGCGGAUAAGGUUGCCUACCUCAUGGGUCUGAACUCUGCUGAUUUGCUGAAAGCGCUGUGUUACCCUCGAGUCAAGGUCGGGAAUGAGUAUGUGACCAAGGGGCAGACUCCGCAGCAGGUGAACAAUGCCAUGGGAGCUCUGUCUAAGGCCGUGUAUGAGAAACUCUUUCUGUGGAUGGUCACAAGGAUCAACCAGCAGCUGGACACCAAACUACCAAGACAGCAUUUCAUUGGCGUCCUGGACAUCGCAGGGUUCGAGAUAUUCGAGAUGAACAGUCUGGAGCAGCUGUGCAUCAACUUCACCAACGAGAAGCUGCAACAGUUUUUCAACCACCACAUGUUUGUGCUGGAACAAGAGGAAUACAAAAAGGAAGGGAUCGCGUGGGAGUUCAUUGACUUUGCCAUGGACCUGGCAGCCUGUAUUGAGCUCAUUGAGAAGCCGAUGGGGAUUUUCUCUAUUCUUGAAGAGGAGUGCAUGUUUCCAAAGGCGACAGACAGCUCCUUCAAGAACAAGCUGUACGACCAACACCUGGGGAAGAACAGCAUCCUGCAGAAGCCCAGGCCCUCCAAAGGAAAGGCAGAGGCCCAUUUCUCACUGAUGCACUACGCCGGCACUGUAGACUACAACAUGAGCGGCUGGCUGGAGAAAAACAAAGACCCACUCAAUGACACCGUGGUGCAGCUUUACCAAAAGGCUUCCCUCAAACUGCUCUCACAGCUUUUUGCCACAUAUUCAUCUGCUGACGGUCAAGUUGCUGCCGAUGGAACUAAGAAAAGUUUCAAGAAAAAGGGUUCUUCUUUCCAGACAAUGUCUGCUCUGUUCAGGGAAAAUCUGAACAAACUGAUGGCCAACCUCAGGUCGACUCACCCACACUUUGUAAGAUGCAUCAUCCCAAAUGAGACCAAGAUACCAGGGUCGAUGGAUCACCACUUGGUCCUGCACCAGCUGCGGUGUAACGGCGUGCUGGAAGGUAUCCGCAUCUGCAGGAAGGGAUUCCCCAGCAGGAUCCUCUAUGGAGAUUUCAGGCAGAGAUACAGGAUCCUGAACGCCAGCGCCAUCCCUGAGGGUCAGUUCAUGGACAGCAAGAAGGCGUCAGAGAAACUGCUCUCUUCCAUUGACGUGGACCACGCCCAGUACAGAUUUGGAUACACAAAGGUGUUUUUCAAAGCCGGCCUUCUGGGUCUUCUGGAGGAGAUGAGGGACGAACGUCUGGCUGUUCUGAUGACUCGGAUCCAGGCCGUGUCCAGAGGUUACGUCACCAGGCUGCGGCUCAAGGAGAUGAUGAAGAAAAGAGAGUCCAUUUUCAUCAUCCAGUACAACAUCCGCUCAUUCAUGAAUGUGAAGAACUGGCCUUGGAUGAGACUCUUCUUCAAGAUAAAGCCGCUGCUUCGAUGUGCCGAGGCGGAGAAGGAGAUGCAGAUCAUGAAAGAGGAGUGUGCACGACUCAAAGAGGAACUUGUAAAGUCCGAGGCCAGGAGGAAGGAGCUGGAGGAGAAGAUGGUCAUGCUCGUCCAGGAGAAAAAUGACCUUUACUUUCAAAUCCAGGCCGAGAGGGACAACCUGUGUGAUGCUGAGGAGCGGUGUGAAGGCUUGAUAAAGAGCAAGAUCCACCUGGAGGCCAAAGCAAAGGAGUUCUCCGAGAGGAUGGAGGAGGAGGAGGAGAUCAACGCCGAAAUCACUUCAAAGAAGAGGAAGCUGGAGGACGAGUGCUUGGAGCUCAAAAGAGACAUAGACGACCUGGAACUCACCAUCGCCAAAGUGGAGAAGGAGAAGUACGCCACCGAAAACAAGGUGAAGAAUUUGGUGGAGGAGUUGACCACGCUGGAGGAAAACCUCUUGAAAUCAUCAAAAGAGAUGAAAGCUCUGCAGGAGGUGCAUCAGCAGACGCUGGACGACCUCCAGGCUGAGGAGGACAAAGCAAACACUCUGGUGAAGACAAAGAUCAAGCUGGAGCAGCAGGUCGAUGAUCUGGAGGGCUCUCUGGAGCAGGAAAAGAAGCUGCGUGCGGAAUUGGAGAGAUGCAAAAGAAAGCUGGAGGGAGAUCUGAAGCUGUCCCAGGAAACCAUCAUGGACCUGGAGAACGACCGACAGGAGAUGGAAGAGAGGCUGAAAAAAAAAGACUUUGAAAACUGCAGCUUGCAGUGCAAAAUUGAUGAUGAGCAAGCCCUCAGCACUCAGCUACAAAAGAAGAUUAAAGAGCUUCAGGCUCGCACUGAGGAACUGGAAGAGGAAAUUGAGGCCGAGCGCUCGACCCGGGCCAAAGUGGAGAAGCAGAGGUCGGAACUGUCCAGAGAGCUGGAGGAGAUCAUUGAGCGGCUGGAGGAGGCCGGAGGAGCCACCGCCGCCCAGGCCGAGCUGAACAAGAAGCGCGACUCCGAGUUUCACAGACUGCGUCGUGACCUGGAGGAGUCCACCCUGCAGCACGAGUCCAUCGCUGCAACUUUGCGCAAGAAGCAGGCGGACAGCGUGGCCGAGCUCAGCGACCAGAUAGACAACCUGCAGAGAGUCAAGCAGAAACUGGAGAAGGAGAAAAGUGAGCUGAAGAUGGAGAUCGAUGACAUGGCGAGCAACGUGGAGACUGUUCUGAGAAACAAGGCUAACCUGGAGAAACUGUGCAGGGGCUUUGAAGACCAAAUGAAUGAACACAAGACCAGAGCAGAUGAAGCCCAGAGAUCUCUGAGUGACUUCACCACGCUCAGUGCUCGUCUACAAACUGAAAACGGUGAUCUCACACAUCUGCUGGAAGAGAAAGAGACGACUCUGUUGCAGCUGAGCAGAGUGAAAACUGUGGGGAGUCAACAAAUCGAAGAGUUAAAGAGACUUUUGGACGAAGAAAUUAAGGCAAAAAAUGCCUUGGCUCACAGUUUGCAUUCCUACCGUCACGACUGCGAGCUGCUGAGAGAGCAGUACGAGGAAGAACAGGAGGCGAAAGCUGAGCUGCAGCGCUACCUGUCCAAGGCCAACAGCGACGUGGCCCAGUGGAGAACCAAAUACGAGACAGACGCCAUCCAACGCACAGAAGAGCUGGAGGAGGCAAAGAAGAAGUUGGCCCAGCGGCUGCAGGAGUCUGAGGAGAUGACUGAGGUAGCAAAUGUCAAAUGCACAUCACUGGACAAAACGAAGCUGCGUCUCCAGGCCGAGGUCGAGGAUCUCAUGGUCGAGAUCGAAAGGUCAAACGCAGCCAACAUCACUUUGGACAAGAAACAGAGGAGCUUUGACAAGGUUCUGGCUGAAUGGAAACAGAAAUAUGAGGAGAGUCAGUCCGAUCUGGAAGUUUCCCAGAGAGAGUCAAGAGUCCUGAGCACAGAACUCUUCAAGCUGAAAAACUCAUAUGACGAAGCUCUGGAUCACCUGGAAACCAUUAAAAGAGAGAAUAAAAACCUUCAGCAGGAGAUAACAGAUAUGAUAGAGCAAGUUGGACAAUCUGCGAAAACUGUCCAUGAGCUGGAGAAAGUGGCAAAACAAGCUGAACAGGAGAAGAGAGACACCCAAGCAGCUCUGGAGGAAGUUGAGUCUUCCCUGGAGCACGAAGAGGCAAAAAUCCUUCAUCUUCAACUGGAGCUGAACCAGAUCAAGUCAGAAGUGGCCAGAAAGGUGGCGGAGAAGGAGGAAGAAAUCGACCAGCUCAAGAAGAAUCACCAGAGGACCGUGGACACUCUGCAGAGCACGCUGGACGCCGAGACGCGCAGCAGGAACGAUGCCAUCCGCGUGAAGAAGAAGAUAGAGGCAGAUCUGAAUGAGAUGGAGAUCCAGCUGGGUCACGCCAACCGACAGGCGGCCGAGGCCACCAAACAACUGAGGAACCUGCAGACUCAGCUGAAGGACACCCAGGUCCACCUGGACGAAGCCCUCCACUGUCAGGAGGACCUAAAGGAGCAACUUGCGAUUGUAGAGCGACGCAACAAUCUGGUGAUGGCAGAGAACGAGGAGAUCCGGGCGGCGCUGGAGCAAUCUGAGAGAUGUCGCAAGCUGGCGGAGCAGGAACUGAUCGACACCAGUGAGAGGAUUCAGCUGCUGAACUCACAGACCACCAGCCUCCUAAAUGCUAAAAAGAAGAUGGAGUCUGAUUUAGCUCAGCUGCAGUCAGAGAUGGAGGACACUGUCCAGGAGGCGAGGAAUGCAGAUGAGAAGGCCAACAAAGCCAUCACGGACGCUGCUAUGAUGGCGGAGGAGCUGAAGAAAGAGCAGGACACCAGCGCUCAUCUGGAAAGGAUGAAGAGGAACCUGGAGGUGACAGUGAAAGACCUGCAGCAGCGGCUGGAUGAAGCCGAGCAGUUGGCUCUGAAGGGAGGGAAGAAGGAGCUCCAGAAACUUGAAAACAGGGUCCGUGAGCUGGAAAAUGAGCUGGAGGCAGAACAGAAACGCAGCAACGAGGCCACGAAAGGUUUGCGGAAAUAUGAGAGAAAAAUCAAAGAGCUCACUUAUCAGGGUGAAGAGGAAAAGAAGAACGUGACAAGACUCCAGGAUUUGGUCAACAAUCUGCAGCUGAAAGUGAAAGUUUAUAAGAGGCAGUGUGAGGAGGGGGAGGAACAAACCAGCGUCCACUUGGCCAAAUUUCGGAAGGUGCAACACGACCUGGGGGAGGCCGAGGAGCGAGCUGACACUGCCGAAUCUCAGCUGAACAAGUUGCGUGUCAAGCACCGUGACAUGGCUGGUAAAGGGGAGAAGAAAAAUGUUUAGACUUCUUUUCUAGAAAUGUUUUGGUUUUUCUUAACUUCUAUUAGAUCUCAACUUUUACAGGAACAUUUAACUGAAACCUAACUUUAGGAGAGAACAGACAAAAACAAUUAACACAAAAACCAACACACCAAAAUCCCACUAAACUAUGUAUGUGUAUAUAUAUAUAAGGUUGCACAGAACGUAAAAUGAAGAUGAAUGCAUUAAGCUAUUAAACAAGUGUCUAACACACUCAACUGAAGAUGAGAAUCUGCUCAUUAACACUGCAGCCACUCACCAAUUAUUCAAAUGUAAAAACUACAUUAGCCUCAAUUCACAUCUGCAGCUGAAAACCAAGACAUGAGAUAAAAUCCUUAAAAAACACAGCAGGACUAAAACAGUAAAAGAGCCGCCUGCAGGUUAAAAUGGACAUCGUGAAAAUCCGCCUUUAACCCCCUGUCAGCGGGGCAGUUAUCAGCAGCAGCUGGUAUGUUGAUGACAUUUGUAGAAAUCCCUGUGAAGCAGGGUUAGAGUUACCGCGGUGAACAUGUGACUUUCAGCGGGAGAGGAUUACAUACGAGUGCUGAAGGUAACCCCCGAGAAAGGAGGUCAGAACAAAGAGGAGGAAGAGAACUCAAGGAGCUGACAAGUUGUUGUCUAACACGCUGGGACAACAACGUUCACUCAUUCAUUUGUUCAUAAUAAUAAUAAUAACUUUAUUUAUAUAGCACAUUUCACAACAGCCAUUACAAAGGGCUUCACAGAGAGGACAAAUAAAUAUAACGGAUGUCCACAUGCAAAUAACGCUUUAUGUCACUUAAACGGACAUUUCUAUAAAUGCCCUCCAAAGUGCAGAUUUUCCAGUGUAUCCAUGUAUACAUGUAAAGCGGACCGUUUGGGAAACAAUGAUGUCACAGUUUGUGAUGUCACAAUAACAUUGAAAAUCAAAGACAUCAAAAUAAUACAACUUCAUUUAAACUCAAUUCAACUCGAAGUAAUGGCAAAAAACUAUAAAAGAAACAAGUAAUAACUAAGGAAAAAUGUAAUCCUGGAAAACAGCAUAUCUAUUUUCUCAAAUAGACACAAAACGAACAUUUGAUUUGCACCGAUUGGUAAAAAGAAUAUGAUCAGCACAUAUGAGGCCAUUUCCCAUCAUCUGAUUAUAAGCAUUUAUUUAAUGUAAAAUCUCCUUGUGUAAAAAACUAUAAACACACACUCUGCCUCACUGCUGGAAAUGAGAAGAUGCUGUGAUGAAUUUUCAAGAUGACAAGCUGCUGUUCACACUUGCUUCUGCCCAUUGCUCCGGCUAAUAUGAUAAGAGCUCAGGUUACAGGCGCUCUCGCUCGUAUUCUAAAAGUGGUCAUCAUAUGUUUCCUCUGGCUUUGAUGUUUGACCCUGCCUUAAGCAUAGAGCAGACAGGACGCUGUUAUGUAUUAACUUGUACAAAAUCCAAAAGAAUCAUUCUUUGAAUAACAAAACCAUUUCAGUUCAAAACCAGCAGAGAUAAAGUAAAUCAACACAAAUACUUUAUUUAUUCAAUUUGGUCUUCGUCCAGUAAUAUUGUUAAAAUCUUCUCUCUAAUGUCAACGUUAGUGUUUCUAUGCAUUAUUGUUUCUUCACCUGCCUGUUUAAUUGUAGGUGUGCCACAGGGCUUGAUUCUCGGUCCAUUUCUGCUCUCUUACAUUACUAGUCUUUUUGAUGUGUCUUGUUGUGCUGUCAAUACACCACCAUAUCUCUGAGUAGUCUCCAUGAGUAUAGCUUUUAAAAUAUAUUUUGCUUUGAAGUUGACCACAGCCACUGUGCUUCAACCAUCACGUCUCUUUCUGGCCAAAAAUGGUGAUUUCUGGACGCGAAGAAUGGAAUAAAUGGUCAGUUGAAAUUAAUUGUGGGAUAAUUCUGAGUAUAUUUGUGUUUUCUGUAUUACGUAUUUCAGUUUUUCUGUUAGGAAAUAUAUUCUGUUGGUAAUUUUGUGUUUUUUCUACAUUUAUUACAUGUAUGUUACAGGACGGUGUAUUCAUAUGAAAUUAUAGCAGAGAUUGUGAUGGUUCAGUAUAAACAACAUGACAGCAACUCAUUGUUACUCCGAGUGGACAUGAUUUGGUUUGUUCCUCCUGCGAGUGUCAUAGAGCCUGGGUAGCAAUGUAUGUGUCUGGUUGUAAAAGUUGUUGUUAAUGACAACUUUACAAUAAUGUCAUCCCUGCAAACAUGCAUUGAUUGUUAGAGUUUGAGAUUUAAAUUGUUUAUUGUUAAUUGUAAUUUUACCGACUGGAUGGCUGUUUGUGUGUUGCAAAAAUAAAAAC